AUGGAAAAUAAUUAUUUGAUUGAAAAAUCUUAAAUUAUUAACUUUGAAUGUUAAAAUCCAUAAAGUUCAUAAAAAAUAUUUAGAAAUGAAGAAGAUGAAAUUUAAUAAAACAAUAAUUUACAUUUUUAGAAUUUAAGCUCAUCAUCUAUUUAAGUUCUAUCUGAAUAAUAGAGUAUUUUAGGAUAAGAGAAUCAUGAUGAUGAUUACAAUUUGAUUAUACAAGAAAAUAAUUAAAAAAAUAGUAUUGAAAACCAAUAAAAUCAAUAAUAAAUCUCUUUUUAUUUAAAAGGAGAUGAUUUUGUUUAUAAUCAAUCAAAUAUUGCUUAAAAUUUAAGAGUUAAAAAGAAAGAAUAAAUAAAAGAUGAUAGAGUUGUCUAAAAUUAUUCAAUAAAUAACAAUUAUUCACAAAAUAAAGAUAUUAAAUAAGUAUCAAUCAAUCCUUUAAUUGAUUAGAAUCCAAAAUAAAAUUCAGAUUUAAAAUUUUAAUAAUAAAGCCUUAAAGAUAAUAUAUAAAAAAGUAUCUAACAUAUAGAAAAACCAAAAUCAAUAAUAAAGUCUCCAAAAUCAAAAUCUGGUACUUCUAAUAUUAAAUCAAGAGAUCAUUCUUAAGUUAAGAAUUCGUUUCAAAAAGAAUAAAUAUUAAUAUAAAAUAAAGAUGAGAAACAAUUUAAUUAGAUGAUCGAAUCUAAUUUAAAAGAAAUCUUUUUAUUUUAUACCAAAUAAUUCUAAACUCCUAUUAAAUAAAACACAAAGGAUUAAAUUAUAUAACAAAAAUAAGUAUUAAAUUUGCAAUAAUUUUUACAUUUUUGUAAAAAUUUCCAAUUAAUAGAUUUAUUGGUUACUAAUUAAUUUAUUUAAAGAUAUGCUGGCCAUAACAACCUAAAACCUUUAUAUAAAAUAAAAUAUAAGAAUAGAGUAGGGGGUUCAUUUGUAAUUACAAAAUAAAUUCUAGAAGAAGUUUUUUUUAAAUGUUCUACUAUUUAAUAAUUAAGUUUUUAAGAGUUUUUAUACUCAUUAAUUAAAAUAGCAGAUAUAGCAUUUCCAGUUUCAAAUUCUUUAAAAGCAUUAUAUUCGUAUUUAGAUAUUCAUGAUCCAGAAAUCUACUCCAAAAAAUUAAUAAAAAUUUAAGAUAUGAAUUAAUCUAGAAUGUAAGAUUAAACAAAUAUAAAUAUUAAAUAAGAACUUAAAGUCAUACUUCCAUAAAUUGUUAAUUAACCAAAAACUAAAAACAAUUAUAUUUAAUUAAUGCAAAACCACUCUAAAAUACAAUCAAAUAGAAAUAAGGGCUAUUCAGUUAAAUUUGAGGAUAACAAUUAAGAUUUUGACCCUAGAAAAUUGUUAUUGGAGGAAGAUCUUACAGACUAGGAGGAUGAAUUAUAUUUAAGGGAUUAUAUGAUUAAUUAAUUAGGAACAACAAAGAAAUAAGAAUUUAUUAAGUAAUAUUAAGAAAGACAAAGAAUCAAGUAUAAUUAAUAUCCAUAUGAAAACUAAUAAUCUAAAAUAAAGCAAGGUUAAAAAUAAUAAAUAUAUAUAUAAUAAAAUUUAUUAGAUUUGAAUCAGAAAUAGAUGCUUUAAUAGAGAAAAUUAUCUAUAUAAAAGAUUUUAGAAAUAGGUGAUAGCCAAUAGAUCAAUUAUAAUAUAAAUUAAACAUAAAAAUUAUUAUAAAAGUAAAAAAUUUAAUUUAUUCAUCCUAAUUCAUUUGAACUAAGAAAAAAUUAUAAUAUGGUAAAAUAGCUUCAAAUUUUAAAUAAAUCUCAUCUUAUUCGAAAUAUCAGUUCAUCAAUUGAGAGAGAACAAUAAAAUACAUCUUAAAAUAUAUAGGAAAAUAAUAAGAAUACAUAAAUAUAAGAGACAAAUGAGAAAAAAAGGGAAUUGCAAGAUCUCAUAGGAAAAGUGAAAAAUUAAUAUCAUUCUAUAAGAAAGAUUUUUAGAAAAUGA